CUGACUGAGGAAGAUGGUGUACCACUGCCUGAGGAAGUCUCUCAGGGGAAACACUAAACACAAACCAGAAUUACAACGAAGAUACUCAACCCACAGGCAAGGAUGAAAGGUACGGCUGGGUAGUGGUGGUGUCAACUUUCCUGAUUAACGUGAUGGUAGCCGGUUACAUGAAGAGCUUCGGUCUGCUCUACAUGUACAUCCAGCAGUACUACCCCAACAGCUCUACAACAGGGGGAGGCUGGAUGCUGGGGCUCCUCUCAGGCUGUAGGGGACUGCUGGCACCUAUGAUUGGAAUGCUGAUGGUGCGGCUGGGCCCCCGUGUGUGCAGUGUGUGUGGAGGUCUGGUGACCGCGCUGGGCAUCUUGUUGGCUCUGCCUGCUACCUCAAUCCUGCAUCUUGCUGUCACUCUAGGGGCACUAGUAGGUUUGGGGUUGAGCAUGAGUGAGACUCCGGGCUUCAUUAUCAUCUCUGAGUACUUCGAAGAGCGUCGGGCCACUGCUAAUGGCUUCCGCGCUUCUGGAAACCCCUCUGGAGGUGUGGUAUUCCCUUUCAUUAUGGUCUUCCUGUGCAGCGAAUUUCCGCUCAUGGGGGUGUUCAUGCUUCUCGCCGGAAUCAUGCUGCAAAUCUGCAUCCUUGGAAUGUUGCUAAGGCCCUUCCAUAUCCAUCAGAAAAUCGUACAGCAGGAAUAUAAAAAUAGCCUUGUCUCCAGCACCCACGCUGUCCAAAAACGCAAUGACUUUCAAGAAAACUCCAGUUUCAAGUUAAAUAACUUACCAAAGAAGAGAAAGGCUUUGCAGCUCUCAUUCCUGAAGAAUCCAGUGUUCCUGGUGUACAUUGUCUUGAUCAUAUGCACUAAUGCAGGCCUCCAAAAUGUAAUGUUUUACCUCAUACUGUAUGGCACAUCCAUUGGUUUGAGUGGAGCUGAGAAUUCCAUCAUAGUGGCCUUCCUCUCGAUUCUGGACGUGUUCGCCAGGAUGUUCAUAGGCUAUAUCAGUGACACCAAAUACGUGAAGAAGAGGCACGUCUUUACACUGGGGCACGUAGUAGCAGGACUGUCGAUGUUGAUGGUGCCGUUGACCAAGAGUCUCGGGACGCUGCUCUCAGUGGUGUGGCUCCAUGCUCUGGGUGUGGCUGCCUUCUGGGCUCUCAUCAACACACUCUUGGCUGACCAGUUCGGUGAAACCACACUCAGCACCACCUGGGGCUUCGUCAGGAUGGUUCAAGGCAUCACCAGCUUCGCCUACCCUCCCUUUCUAGGUUGGCUCUCGGACGUGAGUGAGUGGAUGGGGAUGCCCUUCCUCUUCAUAGGCUGCAUGUACAUAAUGGGAAGUCUUGUCUUCGCCCUCCAGCCCCUCGUUAUGAGACUCUCAGGCAUCAAGGUCCCUCUCACAUGACGCUCCUAUAACAUUACACAAGUAUAGUACAACCAGCCUUGGUGUGAACAACAUGAAUGAUCUUGCAGACAAAAUUAAGGCUAUACUGAUAUUAUUCUUGGUUGAGUUAAUGGGCUUCAUAGCAUAACGACUACUCUAGGAUCAUUAAGCUACGUGUAACCAGUUCACCUCCAGAAAAUAUUUUAAUCCCUAAAAUAGGGAUUAAAACACUCUCAUUACAUAUAUGCGCUGAGAAAUACACCUCCCAGGGGUUAUACCUUGUGUAUUGUUAUUAUGUCCAUGUUAAACCUGUAAGGGUCAUUCAAUGCUUUUAAACUGAUUAUUGAUUUAAACCAUGAGGAAAGGAGGAAAGUUGGAAACGGGAUUAAUGGUUCGGAAAAAAAAGUAAAUAUCGAUAGAAUAUGUCAGUAGCAGCACUAGAAAUUGAUUAUAAGGAUACUCUUAGUGGAAAACUUUAGCUAGCAUGACUUAAUUUGAUUUAACGGAAUAAUAGGGAAUAACAAGUGGCUGAUAAUGGAUUCAUGUUUAUUGUGGAUAGAUGACUGUUUUGUCGCGAUCUUAGUAAUAACGGACAUUUAUUACUAACGUAAUAAAUUGUCAUUGUCGAUCAAUUGACCAAGUGGGUUUCAUUCCGUAUUCUGAAGUAUGUUAAAUUAAACGUUAUGAACAGUGGAACAUAACUACAGUACGUACACGUUAUCGUGUUGAACUACCUUAUACGUAUUGCAUAGCUAGUACUGUAUUAGACGUGGGAUUGCGUAACAUAGGAUACCAGACUACAGAAGAGAUUAUUCGAGGUUCAAAAUUUUCCCGAGUGUGGAAAAUACUGUAUAUAUUUUCCAGAAAUUCAGUAUUUAUAUGUAAAUAGAUGGCCAUACUGUAUUUAAUAAUAUUUGUCAUAGAAAACGGAAAGCCUGCGUCUGCGCAGACUAGACUCGCCAUCUUGGUUUUGAAUUUUGUACAAACGUUGGUGUAAUGGGAAGAAUUUUUCGUGCUCUAGAGGUUAAAAUUGUGUUGACACCUCUCAAAUAGGAGGUGAAAUUGGUGGAUGUGCAUUCCUGCAUAACUUGAGAUAUCAGACGACUGGACAAGACAGCUCCAGGAACCUCAGAUAAGCUCUUUAGAUUUAUUUGUGUGUAAUUCUGGCCAGCAUUAUUUUCAUAGAUUUAGUUAGAGUGAGGUUUUCUUAGUAUGAUACACAUUAAUCUCCAGUCAAAUUGGUGAGUGAUAUUAAGAUAUAUUUUCUUUCUGUUAUGUAAUUGUGUAUAUCUAUAAUUAUUCUUUAAUUUUUAAUAUACAGUCCACAAAUUUAUAUAUUUACCAGUAUUCCUGGUGUAUGUAUAUUUCAUUUAAUUAAUAGGUCCAGAGCAACUUGUGGAUAUGACAGUGGUAGGCAUCGAAGGGGGACAUUUUUGCGACCUAGGUGUCCCAAAUUCCUACUUGUCUAUGUAACUCUGAUAAAUAAUAAUUAUCUUUGUUAUCAUUUUCUGUUAUGUAUAUAAUGAGUUACAUUCAGAUAAAUGCAAUUUUCCACACAGAGAGAAAUACACUGGGUAAGAAAACUGAAGGGUGUGACACUAACAGAUGGUAAGAGAGAGAAUUAUUAAAACAAAGAACCCCAGUUUUGUGGUUGAAACAAUUUAAAAAAAAAAAGUUUCCAAGAGGAAACCUUAGACGAUGUUUGGUCCAUCCUGGAUCAAGUAAUAAUAAUUCUUUAUUUACUACCAGUACAGGUACAAGGUAUACAGUCCUAGCUGACAUCAAUGACAUACUACUGUAUAGAAAGCCACUUGUUAUGCAGAGCAUUUCGGGCAAAUUAGGUCAGUUUUGUCCCAGGAUGCGACUCACCAGUCGACUAACACCCAGGUACCCAUUUUACUGAUGGGUGAACAUAGACAACCAGUGUAAGGAAAUACGUACAAUGUUUCCACCCUUUCUCCGGGAAUCGAACCCAGACUUCACCGUGUGAAGCGAGAGCUUUUGUCACCAGGCCACGGGGCACAACUGAGAAAAAAAAAUGUUGAGAGAACCAGAACACAGAUCACAAAAGGAAGGGGAAAGAAGACAGGUUAUGGAAUAAAAAUUCCAGAAAACAAGCAGAGUUUCUUUCCAAAGUGUGGUUAUUUAGUUGAUGUGUCCCGUAACUUGAUCGCUAGAGCACUCAGUUCACGCAGUGAGCUCCGAGUAUCUAAUCCCCGGUACGGCUGGAAAACAUUAGGACGUGUUUCCAUAAGACACACCAGUCAACUAACACCUGAGUGUUAGUUGACUAGUGUGGGUCAUUCUAUUCUAUUUGAUUUGCCGGUAUGGAUCCCGGCCCAGGUCUCUUCCAAUUUGGUGACACGGCGUUGGCUCCCGGUAUGGCCAAAUGACGUACCAAAAGUUAGUGUGCCCUAACGGCGGCUGGUGUGCGAUGCAACGGAGGCCCAAAGCAGGCCCUCAGUGACUUCAGUGGGGGGGGGGGUUGACGUGCAAUGAUUGGGAGUAAGAUUUCCAAGUCUCUGACAGCUAAGUACACAAGAUGUGCUGCCUCAUCCUCCUGGGCUUGGCCCCACUGGGGUCAUUGGGAAGUGUCUACGGUGAAGGGGCAUCAUAGCCGGGCAGUCUAACAGGUAGUGCACCAAGGGUUUCAGAACCAGUCACAAUGGGCACAGAGCUCCUCUCGUGCCUGUUCAACAAUCUGAGCAGUGGUGGGAUACCAUAAGUGUAGGUGGUGAAUAUGCACCCUCAGUUCUCUGGUCUGCAUGCGAAUACUUGGAGGGGGGCACCCUGUGGGUCUCCCUGUCAUACCAGCAGAGGCUCCAUGAAUCCCCAGGGUCAGGGAGUGGGUGCCUGGUCGCACUGGCAGCCCACAUCGCAAUCUGGCUGAGGCUGAUGGAGAUUGCAGCACGUGGCUGUGCCUCGAGGGUUGCGGUCGUUGCAGCUUCAACUGCAGCAUCAUUGCCGGGGAUACCCACAUGGCUCGGGAUCCAGUUGAUGGUGGCUCUGCGACCCUGGGCCAUGAGCAUCUGCAGGUCACCCCUGAUAGAUGUGAUUAAGUGUAUGUUGUCCCUUGGCUCUGUGCAUAAUUGCCUGGAUCACUGCCUUGGAAUUAAUAUGGAUGAUGGGGGGGAUGCUGAUGGUCUGCAAGUGCAUGCUGCAGAGCUUGUUGGAUGGCAAAGAGCUCAGCCUGGAUUAUGGUGCAAUGGUCCAGGAGGCGCCAACCUGCUGUCAGAUUGCUGUGGAACAUCCCAGCAGCUGUGCAGCCUGCCACUGGGCCUCUGGAGCCAUCAGUGUAAUAUGGCACAUACCCUGGGCCUUCCACACCCGCAAUGCUAGCCGAGGCAAGUUGUUGCAGAAUGUGCUGAGGCAAUGCCUCUUGCUGCCUGGUAGGGUUGUCCAGUGCACUGCCAACAGCUCUGGUGCCCAAGGGGGCAGCACUGUGUAGUUUGUUACCAGUCUGUCACAGCCUCCCGCCUGGAGCAAUGUAAUGGGCAGGAGCUUCCACGUGGCAUCUGCAACUGAACACGUCCAUUGGCGGCCGGGGUGCAUUGGAAUGACUUGUCCCUGGCGGACCCAUAAAUCCCUCAUCAGUUUGUCAGCCCUUGGGAGUCGGAGGUACUUUGCUAUCCUCUUGGCAGCUACAAAUGGGAUCCUGUCUUCAAGGGGCUGCAGCUGCACCUCAAAGUUCAGAGCCACUGCAUUGGCCCACCUAGGAGCCCCCAGCAUGUGUUCUGGAUCACACAGAGGGACUUGAUGUUUGUGGGUCUGGCAUGAACCAGAGCAAGUGCUCCAUAGUCAAUGAGCGAGCAUAUUGCCUGGAUGUAGAACAAUCUCAUGACCUCGAGGCUGGCCCCAACCCUAGGGUUGGCCAUGGCACUCAUUGCCCUGACCCUCUGCAGAGCCCUCUCUUUGAUGUGGCACACGUGUUUCUGUAGAUGCCAAGGCACCUAUAACUGUGAACCCAGUCUGGGUCGAUGCCCAGGACCCACAGCCUCUGACUGGGUUCCCUGAUACAAAGGAUCAUGGCUUUGGAUUUUGCCGCAGAUAUCUUGAGCCCCAAGUGAUGGCAAGUGGAAGCCAGCAGAUCAGGGUCCUCCUGAGCAAGCUGCAAAAGCUGGCGCUUCCUAGGUACGACAAGAGCCAGGUCAUCGGCGUAGCUGAGCAGGAAGGUGCCUGUGGAGAAAGGCAGGCGCACCAGCUGGUGCAUCAGUACAUUGAACAGGGUGGGACUAAGCACCCCACCCUGUGGAGUGCCAUUGUCCAGGGUCUUGAGAGAAGAUGCAUGCCCCUGGAAGCGUACCCGGGCCCGCCUGUCCUGGAGAUAGGAACAAAGCCAUGCAAGCAGCCUGCCCUUAACCCCCCUGUGGGCCAAGAGUGAGAGGAUGGCUAGCUCAAAAGCCUUCUCGAGGCUGAGGAAGACAACAGUGUGGGCUUGGGCGUCCGACCCAAUGCCGGCCACAAGGGUGGUAAGACUUUCAAAAGUGCCCACUCCUCUGGUGAAGCCAUAGAGGUGUUUAUGCGGAGGGCCAAGCUUCCACCUCAGGUGCUCCAACACCAUCCUUUCAGACACCUUCGAGAUACAACUGGUGAGGGAGAUGGGCCUCACACUGCCAGGAUCCCCAGGCUUAGGAAUCAGUAUGAUGUCAGCCUCCUCCCAUACGGCAGGGAGUUUGCCAGCUCGCCAAGUCCGGUUGACGACCCCCAGGACAGCUGCAUGACCAGAAUGGCCAGACCGAGUGAUCAUGCCGUAGGUGAUACCAUCAUGCCCCGGUGCAGUGUCCUGAUGAGAUGUGAAGGCUGCCUGGAGCUCCUUAGCCUGGCAUGCCACUUGGAUCACCAUCAUCAUCCUAGGAAGGAGGGUGGCUUGGGUUGGCUCACCAUUGUUGAGGAGGGCGAUCUCAGGGACCUCCUCCAGCACAGCCGCAAGGUGCCUCCCAGCUGCAUUGGUAGGAGAGACAAAAGUAAGUAUUGGGUGGUGGGCAUUGACAUCCCCAGCCACAACAAGACCCUCCAGGGAAGGCGAGUGCUGCCACCUCUGAAAUGUCAAGGGUGUACCGAGAGCUUCUGUAUAUGUUGUAAACCAUGAGAGGUCCAUCCGGCAGGUGUAGGGUGACAGCCUGAACCUCCAUGCCCUCUCCACAGUUGAUGGGGUCAGUGGAGAUUGAAUGAGGGAUAGUGAUCCUGACGUAGAUCGCUGUGCCCCUGCCAGUCCCUUCCAGGCACUGAAGAUAAGCCAAGAAGCCCGGGAUGCAUGGCUGCGUUUGAUGUGAUGAAUUGGUAAGCGUCUCCUGGAGCAGGAAAACAUCGACCUCAUCCUGAACUGCAGCUUCAAUCACUAAGUGAAUUUUCUGCUGCAGCCCGCAAAUGUUCCACUGGAGGAUCUUCAAGGGCCGCAGAGGUGGCCCUCUGAUUCCAUCUGUCUGGGACUCAUCGUCCAUUGUUGGUGACUCCAGGGCCUCUUCCAUCACGGACUGGAAGGACUCCUGGAUGAUGGCUUGAAGUUCUGUUGAGUCCUUCCUGUCCAGUAGGACCACGCCCAGCAUCCAUGACAGGAGCUGUCUGUAGGCACCCCUGUCCUCUGCCAACGGCAGCAGGCGACAGAGGAGCGCUGAGAUGACCCUGAUGGUUUUCUUCAGUUGAGUGGGAAAUGAGUCUACCAUUACUUCUGUAGGCGUUGAGCCGGAUGACUCAUCGAGUCGAGGCUGGGUCACCAGGCAUGUUCGGGUGGCUGUCGACACUGCAGCUGCAUAAGCCGGGUGCACCCUGGGUCCGGUCUGAGUGGCCAUGAGCUUCCGGGUCUCCUGGCGGGGAACGUCUGCCUGACUCUGGCCACUCACAGGAGGGGCCUGCCCUUGGGAAGAGGCCUGCUGGUGGGAUGGCAAGGAAUGAUGGUGCCAAGCUGGGACCUGUUGGGCAGUGUUCCUGGCCUGUGGCUGCUUUUCCCAGUGAUUCUGUCUCCCUGGCCACCAUGCCGCCUGACCCCGCAGUUGACCAUGCUGCUGCAAGCCAGUGCCUGCCCCCUGCUGCGAGCCCAGCGCUGAGAACUCGCUGGUAUUGCCCUCCUGCGGCAUCCUGGGUACCACGGGUGGAGCCCAUACUGACAUACUUACUGUUGCUGGGUGGUUCCAAGGCUGGGUGGUGUUAGGGCUGCCGGGUCGUUCCAAUGACGAACCUGCUGCCAGUGCUGCACCAUCACAGGACAGCUCCGGUUCCAGCAUGAUGCCUCUUUGAACAGUUGAUACACUUGGGCUCUGGCCGAAGGGCCUCACCGGUUGGCUGCUUGAGGAUUGCAAUGCAGUCCUUCGAGUCGUGUGCCUUGCUGCACACACCACACUUCUUCUCCCACUGGCAGGUGGCUGCAAUAUGAUUGAACCCCUGACAGUGGAAGCAUUGCAGUGGGCUCGACAGGUACGGUUGGGUCUUGAAUCUUCCCCAAACCCCAAGGUCAAGGUGCGUGGGAAGUGGACCUUUGUGGUGGAUCAGCACCUGGUGGGUGAGCACCUUGUUUACCAUGGCAGUGAGUCGCUCUGCCUUAACAAUAUUGGGCACUUCCAAAAUGGGGUCCAGUGGGAGGGGCACAGGGACGUGUAAGAGCACCCCCUUGUACACCUUCUCCCAAGCAACCAGUUCCACCAUGCUGGGAUGUGUCACAACCAGCCCCUUCAUCUCCUCGUAAGAAUCUUUGUCCCAAGGAAUGGCCAGAACCUCAUUCCUGAGUGAGAACUCGCAGCAGAACUUGAGGCUGGGUAGGCCUUCCAAAUACCUCACAAACCCAUAAUUGGGAACCUUGAAUUUGUUGAAGGUCCUGGUUGCUUGUGCCCGAGCAGAGCGAGAAUUCUUUCUUCCACGUGGAGUCAGCCAGUCCCCAUCCUCUGUGGAGGCCGACACAACUGGGGGACCUGGGAUGGCUCCAUCUUCACCAGUUGAGGAGCUACAGCCUCCUAGUGUCACCCUGGGUAGCAGCUGCCGACAGAUCUAGUGGCAGAUCAGCAGAUACAGUAGUCUUCACCACAUCCUUGACCUUCUUGGUGGGGGUCCCACCUGCCCCACAACGUCCUCCGACUUGUCCCCGCAUUCCAGUGAACGUUUAGGCCGCUCUCCUGAGUCUGACAUGGUGACUGUAGGUGUGGGGACAGAACCAGCAGCGGAGCUACUGUCCAUGACCUCACAGCCGCCCACCCUGGGCGCAGAGCUGUGAGGCUCAGUACCUCAGUAGGAGACCUUAGCCACCCUCACGUGGCUCACAGCUCUAAAGCACUGAACACAGUCCAACGAUCACUAGACAGAAUGUGAUGAGAUAGUGUUUUACACAUAAUUUUUGUUUUUAACACUGGCUGUCUCCCUCCAAGGCAGGGUGACCUAAAAAAGAAGAAACUCUUUCAGAAAGUUUUUCCUCGCUUUACAUUUAGUAAUUCAUAUAGAAGGGGUUACUAACCCCUUGUUCCUUGGCAUUUUAGUUGCCUCUUACGACAUGCAUGGCUUAUGGAAGAAGGAUUCUUCUCCAUUUCCCAUGGAAAUGUAUAUGUAUGCAAGACAUUAAUGAUAUUCACAGUAGAAUUGAUUCAGGUGAGAAUAACUUAUUGUAUAUGGACAGAUAAAUCUUAGUUGCAGUGGCGUCGUAAGCAGGGGGCCGCCAUGGGUGACACCAUAGAGCCUCUAAAGGUGACACUAAUGCCCAAAACAAUGCUGCAGCAACAUAAGAGAAAAAUCUUUCGUUUCUAUAUAGCCUCUUAUAUGAUUAGAGAGUACAAAUAGGUCUACAUAGGGACUGAAGGCAAGGAAAUGUAAGAUCAGAUUCACUGAGAUGUUACCUGUACUCAAGAUCAAAUCAGAACUAGUGUUUCUCUGAUAUUGCAAUGUUUUUUUUUUUUCAUUGUUGAAGAAUAAAUGUACGAUCUGUUGCCUGUACUCAAAGUGGUAUUUGAGUUUGUUUCCUCAAUAUUACUAUGAUUUUUUAUUUUAUCAUUAAUAAAGUUGAGAAGUAUU